UUUCCGACACGGGAACCUCGGCCGGCUCCCCAGAGCCCCUCAUCAUCAGCGCGUAGUACCAGGGUGUCUUCAGUAUUACACCAUCACUAUUGCUUAUUGCUCCUCUCGAUUCAAAAAAAUACAUUCUUCUACUCAUCCUUCCAAGUCCUGACGCGAACUAGCUCGAUACUAGGAGUCCAAGUCAGACUGCAACUCAUCACUAACAACCAUGGCCACGACCACGGCACCGCCCAUAGCCGACUGGCAGACCCUCGCACAAUCAAAGCGCGAAUCAGUCUUUGCAGCGAUUCCAAAAGACUGGCUCCUUCCUCCCUCCCAAACAUCACAAUAUACAGAAACCUCAUCCAUCUCCGUGUUGGACGUACCACGGACAUGCGGCAUCUUGACUGAGAAGGAGUUGGACAUUACUGGAAACUACGAUGCCACAGAUUUAGUUGGAAUGAUGUCCGAGCGACGUUUGACGAGUACGGAAGUAGUGACGGCGUUUUGUAAGAGAGCGGCUGUCGCACAGCAGUGCGUGAGUUGUUUGACUGAGAUUAUGUUUGAAGAAGCGAUUGCGCGGGCGAAGGAGUGUGAUGAUUUUUUGAACAAGGAGGGCAAGGUCAUGGGUCCUUUGCAUGGGCUUCCAAUAAGUUUAAAGGACUCCUUCAACGUCCGCGGCGUCCAAGCAACCCUCGGCUACGUCUCGUUCAUUCCACGGCCCCCAUCAGCAACCAACUCAGCCUUGGUCGACGUUCUCCAUGAACUGGGGGCAGUAUUCUACGUGAAAACAAACCUCCCCCAAACAAUGAUGACAGCAGACUCGCACAACAACAUCUUCGGCCGCACUCUGAACCCUAACAACCUCUCCCACACAGCCGGCGGCUCCACGGGUGGUGAAGGCGCCCUGCUCGCCAUGAAAGGAAGCGUCUUGGGCGUCGCUACCGAUAUCGCGGGCUCGAACCGCAUCCCCGCUAUAUGCUGCGGCGGAUCCUCAUUGAAGCCGACUGCGGGUCGCGUUCCCUUCGCCGGUGGCGUGGCAGUAGGGAGACUCGGAAGCCCCGGGUCAAUACCCGUGGUGAUUGGUCCUUGUGGUCGUUCAACGCGUGAUUACGAAUUGUUCAUGAAGAGCGUGGUGAGCGCACGACCGUACCGUUUCGAUGAGAACUGCCUCAAUGUGCCGUGGCGGAGUGUAGUCUCGCCUUUGGGUGGCAACAAACCCCUCCGCUUCGGUCUGAUCCGUGGCUGUAAAGAACGGCCGCUUCAUCCCCCUAUCGCGCGCGGUCUGCAUACCACUGCUAUGAAACUCAAAGCAGCAGGUCAUGAAAUUGUUUUGCUAGACGACAAGAUACCAAAUCUGUACCAUACAACGAUGCUAGCGUGGAAGUUCUUUAUGCUUGAUCCAAAGAAAACUCCCUUCCAAUUCAUCAAAGAUAGCGGGGAGCCAAUGGUACCCAGUCUAUCUACAAUGUCGUUUCCGGAAUUGGAAGGGUGGCAGGCGACGUUGGACGAGUUGUGGGAUAUGAAUGUCGAGAAAGCCAAGAUUGUCAAAAAGUUUCAUCAAUUGGUAGUUGGUGAUGUUAGUGUGAAGGAGGAGGGACUCGACGCCAUUUUAAUGCCUGGGUACCAGGGUGUGGCGCCCAAACACGAUACGUAUGGUCUACCGAUUUAUACGGUGGUGGUGAAUCUGUUGAAUUGGCCGAGUGGGAUAUUGCGCGUGGGUAAGGCGGAGAAGGAAAAGGAUGCGGAGUUUACGAAAGAGGGAGUGAAGUUUGAACCACCUUAUGACGCGAAUGACUGUGAGGGUUUGCCGACGCACGUGCAGGUUGUGGGGAAGAGUAUGAUGGACGAGGAGUUGGUGGAGGUUAUGAAGAUUGUUGAGGGCGUGUUGAGAGACUAGCCAGACGGCAGUCUCCAAGGUAUCUCUUUUUCCUCAUUGCUUAUCCAACAAGCAACAACAGGGUGCUGAUCUCUGGAAAUACCCAAGAGAAUCGUCGAUGAUGCGGACUUUUAGCAUGAGAGUAUCUUGGGUGUUUAUUACUCGUGGGUGAAAGUGUGCUAUGUGGUGAUGGACCUUUGAACCAUUUUGGAGACACCGAGUUUUUCACAAUCGUGGUAUAUCACAAUGUGGAGGCGUCCACGUUCCUUUGGAUGAUUAUGCAUGCUCGACUCAUGCCUCGCAUUCAGUCGUUCUUCCGCGCAUGUACAGGCGACAUGCGGGGUUGGUAACACAACAUAAGCAGAGCCAAG